AUGCCUAGGCAUUCCAAAAAUAACACAGCUCUUGGUUUUUUUACUCGCCAAGAGAAACAGCAAUUGGGAUACGGCACCCAACGAGUUAGAAUAGGACGCGCUUCUUGCAGAGACUUUGAUGUUUGCUACCUUUGUCUUCAAUGCGCUCGGGAUCCAGUAAUAUGCCAAAGGGGUCAUCUGACUUGCCGAGAGUGCGUUUUAAAACUUAUUAUACAGCAAAAGCAAGAUAAUGAGUGUAAAAGGCAAGCCUAUGAAAGACAACUACAAGAACUCGAGCAAAUAAAAUCUAAAGAAGAAUUGGAAAAACGGCAAAAAGUUAUUAAAGACUUUGAAAGCUCACAGUUAAGUGUUUUGCCCUCUUCCUCUGGCCGGAAAAGGACUAUCAGAGAGGAUGGCCGCUCCGUUAUUGCUGCUAGUAAAGAACAGCUCUACGGGAAUAUUAGAGAAACCGCCCGCGGCGCUGUUCUUAUAAAAGAAUCUAAUAGAGAUAAGAAUUUUAAUGUGGGAAUUAGCGCGGACGAAAAAUCUAUGUCUUCUUUCUGGAUUCCGUCACUGACCCCAACAGCAGCCCCUACUCUCCUCAAAGAGCCUUCUACGGAUAUUAAGUGUUUCGGAAGCGAUCCGCCCCACAAACUAAUGGCGAGUAAAUUAGUAACUGUUAAUUUUAUCCCCGUGCAUAAAAAUGGAGCUCCUGAGAAGCAGGAUAAAAAUAAUCGGUGGACAUGCCCCGGUUGCGCUAAAGCUCUCAAUAAUAAUAGAAAGACUUUUGUUCUACGAAAGUGUGGCCACGUCAUCUGCGAGGUUUGCGUUGAUAAGUUUGUGAAAAGCGAUUUAGCCUGUCCGCUCUGUAGCAGGCCCUGCACCCUCGCCGGUUUAAUCCACAUCAAACACGGAGGAACUGGCUACGCAGCUCACGGCGAGUCACUAAUUGCCAAGUCUUAUAAUCUGGCCUUCCGUUGAUCUUUUCGCAAGCUAUAUUC